UUUCGCCAGCGCCACCCAUUCUCUCCGCCCCCACCAGAUUCGUAACAUCGUCCUCCACCCAGGGUCGUAGCGAAAUAGGACUAGGUCAAGCGAUGAACCAGGGAGCAAGAGCAAGAGCAGCGCAUGGGAGCACUGAAUGCCCGCGUCAAAUGUCGUCAGGAGAAAUGGAGACCCUCGCAGGCCACAGGAUUGCACGUGGCGUUCGCAUCCAUGGAGUCCCCCGCCUAAGGUUCAGCUCAUGCAGGUCAGCUCGCUUCGGAGACGCACCUCGGCAAAAGGGGGCGCAAUCGCUCAGCCUGACCGGUCACGCCGAUCUGCUGAGCACGAUUGCUUUUUCCUAUGCUGCGGUCACCGGAAAUUCGCGCAAUCAGGCAACAGCCCCAGUCGACUGCUCUCGAGGCCUGCGUCCGACGAGCCGCGACGACACGUUGACUGAGAAAUUCUUCGGCAGUGCGACUUCAGCCUCAUGAUCGCGCGCAAGUUUUCGAGUGCCGCCCAACUCGAGGGUGCCCCGAGAGCUUCCUCUCCAUCUGAUAAAGGGUGUGCGGAGGGUAUACCUGGGCUGAUCAGCCCAUUGGGGUUGUACGUCGUACAGGCCGCCGC